AUGGAGAACGCAGGCCGGAACCAGAUUCUUGUGUUCGUGCACAGUCGUAAAGAAACAGGGAAAACUGCACGCACCCUACGGGAUGCAUGUCUAGAAAAGGAUACACUGGGUGUGUUCAUGAAGGACAAGAACGCGUCCACCAUGGUUCUGCGUCAGGAGGCGGAACAUGUUAAAAAUCUCGAGUUGAAAGAUCUACUUCCAUACGGAUUUGGCAUCCAUCAUGCCGGGAUGAGCCGCGUGGAUCGCAUGCUCGUGGAGGAACUGUUUGCUGAUCGCCACAUUCAAGUGCUUGUGUCCACAGCCACAUUAGCCUGGGGUGUGAACUUACCAGCUCACACGGUUAUCAUCAAAGGCACUCAGAUUUACAGUCCGGAGAAAGGUCGCUGGACGGAACUUAGCGCGUUAGAUGUGAUGCAAAUGCUUGGUCGUGCUGGUCGACCUCAGUACGAUACGGAGGGUGUGGGAAUUUUAAUCACUAACCACACUGAGUUGCAAUACUACCUGAGUUUGAUGAAUCAACAAUUACCGAUCGAAAGCCAACUUGUCUCACGAUUGCCGGAUAUGUUGAAUGCAGAAAUUGUACUUGGCACUAUAUCGACCGUACGUGAAGCCGUCACUUGGCUCGGUUUCACCUACUUAUACAUCCGUAUGCUUCGAAACCCUGCAUUGUAUGGAGUGCCCGAGGGUAGUGAGAAGUCUGACCCGUGGCUAGAACAGUACAGGCGCGAUCUGAUUCACACGGCGGCAUUAGAACUGGACCGAUGUCAGUUAAUCCGUUAUGACCGUCGGGUGGGCAGCCUCCAGUCAACAGAACUCGGACGAAUAGCAUCACACUACUAUUUGACACACACUACAGUGCUAUCGUACAAUAAACUACUUCGUCCUGGUCUGGGUGAGAUCGAACUGUUCCGUGUAUUCGCAGCUAGUUCCGAAUUCCGACAUAUGACAGUUAGACAGGAAGAAAAAUUCGAACUGGCCAAACUUUUGGAACGUGUCCCAAUUCCAAUUAAAGAGUCCGCGGAGGAACCUGCGGCCAAAGUGAAUUGUCUACUUCAAGCCUACAUUUCUGGUUUGAAACUGGAAGGUUUCUCUCUGGUUUCCGAUAUGGUCUACAUCACCCAAUCUGCUGGUCGUUUAAUCCGUGCGAUUUUCGAAAUCGUACUACAUCGGGGUUGGGCUGAGCUGGCCGAUAAUGCACUCACUUUGGCCAAAAUGGUCGAACGACGUAUGUGGGAAUCUAUGUGUCCACUGCGUCAGUUCAAGAAACUUCCGGAAGAUGUGAUCAGAAAGCUAGAGAAAAAAUCCAUCCCAUUCGACCGGCUGUAUGACAUGAAUCAUCAUGAACUGGGCGAAUUAGUUCGAAUGCCCAAACUGGGUAAACCACUUCAUAAGUACUUGCAUCAUCUACCGCGAUUGGAAAUGAGUGUUCAUGUACAACCCAUCACUCGAUCCGCACUCCGUGUUGAACUGACUCUAACCCCAGAUUUCAUUUGGGACGAGAAAGUACACACUAGCGCUCAAGCCUUUUGGAUUUUUGUUGAAGACGUGGACGGAAGCACUGUGUUACAUCACGAAUUUUUCGUGCUGAAACAGCGCUAUGCCACUGAAGAGCAUGUACUGCGUUUUGUGGUGCCGAUUUUCGAUCCGUUACCUCCACACUAUUAUAUUACGGCUGUAUCUGACCGAUGGAUUGGUGGUGAGGUCACACUGCCCGUAUCAUUCCGGCAUUUGAUUUUACCGGAGAAGACAGUGCCGCCUACGGAAUUGUUAGACUUGCAACCACUUCCAGUGACCGCGUUGCGUAACAAAGAGUUUGAAGCCCUGUAUACCGAUCGGGUUCGUGUGUUCAAUCCAAUCCAAACGCAGGUCUUUAAUUCAUUAUACAAUUCCGAUGAGAACGUGCUGAUCGCUGCACCAACGGGAAGCGGGAAAACGGUGUGCGCAGAACUUGCUAUUUUCCGCCUAAUCACCACUAGUCAAGCCACUAGUGUAACCGACACUCAGGCAGGUGGAUCCAACUCGGCGACUGCAACUGCGUCAACUGCUUCUGGGAAUUUCCGCUGUGUCUAUGUAGUACCUCACGCUGAACAGGUUGAGCAACGCUACGCAGAUUGGAACAGUCGAUUCGGUGAAAAAUUGGGCAAACGUGUAGUUCGAUUGACCGGGGAAACUUCAGUCGAUUUGAAGCUGCUUGCUCGUGGUCAGAUUAUCGUCACCACUCCCGAACAUUGGGAUGUGCUGUCUCGACGUUGGAAACAGCGAAAGAAUGUGCAAAACGUGAAUCUGUUCAUCGCAGAUAAUCUGCAUCUAGUUGGCGCUGAUGGUGGCCCGAUUCUUGAGGUGGUCUGUUCUCGUAUGCGUUAUAUUAGCAGCCAAUUGGACAAUCCAAUCCGAAUUGUGGGUCUGUCACACAGUUUGACCAAUGGUCGAGAUAUAGCCAGCUGGCUAGGCUGUGCAUCCGGAGCAACAUAUAAUUUCCCAUUCGCCACACGUCCCGUUCCGCUGGAUUUGACCAUCAUCCCUUUUAAUAUUGCUCAUCAGGCUUCUCGUCUGUUGGCCAUGACCAAACCGGUCUUCCAGUUGAUCACUCGACUUGCUCUGAGUAAUCCAUCUGGUGCAACAUCUACUGGUAGUGUACAGUCAUCCCAGCGGAAACCCACUCUGAUCUAUGUGCCUACACGUCGUCAAGCUCAGCGUACAGCACUCGAUCUGAUCACCAUGUUUGCUGCGGCUGCAGCCAACCCUUCAACCCAGUCAAAGUUCAUACCAAUCUCUGGGCACCUGGAGGAAGCUUUGUCGCGGGCGGCGGAUCAGCUUGCGGAUCAUGCUCUGGCUGAAGUAGUACGCCACGGCGGUGGAAUAGCCUACUUGCAUGAAGCAAUCUCCAAGGCAGAUCGUCGCCUUGUCGAGGUUCUCUUCUCUGCCGGUGCGCUGCACACCCUGCUCGUAUCUCGUGCCCUCACUUGGUGCGCUGCUUCCGUUCAACCCAUCUCAGCAUAUCUGGUGAUUGUGAUGGACACUCAGGACUAUAAUGGGAAAAUACAUGCAUACGAGGACUAUCCUGUAGUUGACUUACUCGAAAUGUUGGGCCAUGCGAAUCGGCCGAAUGUAGAUGCCGAAGCGAAGGCUGUCGUACUCUGUCAGUCCGGAAAGCGAGACUUUUUGAAAAAGUUCCUGCAUGAUCCGCUUCCUGUCGAGUCGCAUCUGGACCACGCGUUGCAUGAUCAUUUCAAUGCGGAGGUGGUCACAAAAACAAUUGAGAACAAACAAGAUGCGGUGGAUUAUUUGACCUGGACGUUCUUGUAUCAACGUAUGACACAGAAUCCGAACUACUACAAUCUGCAGGGUGUCACGCAUCGCCACUUGAGCGAUCAUCUGAGUGAAUUGGUCGAGACCACAUUGAAUGAUCUGGAACAUUCCAAGUGCAUCUCCAUUGAGGACGGUAUGGAUUUGUGCCCAUUAAAUUUGGGUAUGAUUUCGGCUUAUUAUUACAUUCAAUACAACACAAUCGAAUUGUUCAGUCUGUCGUUGACCGGAAAGAUGAAAAUACGCGGUCUGUUAGAUGUGAUCAGCAAUGCAGCAGAAUUUGACGGUCUCCUCCCGGUACGACAUCACGAAGAUGCGCUUCUACGCCAGUUGNCCGCCAAAGUCCCACAAAAAUUAGCUCCCAAAGCCAAAUUCUCCAGUCCUCACGUGAAAGCAAAUCUCCUGUUACAGGCACAUCUGUCCCGACUACAGCUACCCACCGAGAUGCAGACAGAUACCGACAGGUUAUUAGGCUGCACGGUUCGCCUCAUUCAGGCCUGUGUGGACGUUCUGUCCAGUAACAGUUGGCUUGGCCCAGCCCUCGCUGCUAUGGAAUUGUCUCAAAUGGUUACCCAGGCUGUUUGGCACAAAGAUUCUUACCUGCGCCAGUUGCCCCAUUUCACCGCGGAACGAAUCGCCAAGUGUCGCGAGGCUAAAAUUGAGACUGUAUUCGACCUGAUUGAGAUGGAAGACGAUGCACGAUCUAAACUAUUGGAAGAUUUAACUCCAACACAGAUGGCUGACGUGGCCCGAUUCUGUAAUCGUUAUCCCAACAUAGAAAUUACAUAUGAUGUGGUUAGUUCGAAUGGGACUAAUGUAGCCAAGACGUCAGUCCGUGGUGGUGAAACGUUGACGGUCAAUAUUUCUUUAGAACGGGAAGAGGACAACGUGGGCCCGGUGAUUGCACCGUUCUUCUCGCAGCCCCGUGAGGAGGGUUGGUGGUUGGUGAUUGGCGAGCAAAAGACCAAUUCAUUAGUGGCCAUCAAACGUCUGCUGGUUUCUCAGUCUAUGAAGAUCAAACUAGACUUGACUGCACCCACCCACUCAGGACGUCACGAGUUCACUCUGUUCUUCAUGUCCGAUGCAUAUAUGGGUUGUGAUCAGGAGUACAAAUUCAAUGUGGAUGUCCGCGAAGGAGCCGGUGGCCGAUCGCACGCGGAUUAG